AUGCAAACAGGAAACAACACCUUGCUGAACAGCUUCCUACUCACAGGGCUAACAGACCUUCCUCAGGUGGAAAUUGCCCUCUUUGUGAUCUUCUGUGGUGUCUAUUCCACCACCCUGGUGGGCAAUCUGGGCAUGAUUCUCUUAAUCAGGUCCAGCCCACAACUGCAAACCCCAAUGUACUUUUUACUUGGCAACCUGUCUUUCUUGGACAUCUGUUACUCCUCAUCCGUCACCCCAAAGUUUCUAACCAAUCUCUUAAAGGAGAAGAAAGAAAUUUCUUUUGCUGGUUGUUUUACCCAGCUUUUCUUUUAUGCUGUAUUUGCCACCACUGAGUGUUACCUGCUGGCAGUGAUGGCCUAUGACCGCUACGUGGCUAUCUGCAACCCGCUGCUCUACUUAAUCACCAUGUCCCAAAGAAAGUGCAUUGAGCUAGUUGCUCUUUCCUAUGCAGCUGGAACAAUAAAUGCUUUGGUGCACACUGUUGCUGCAUCAAGACUAUCCUUCUGUGGACCAAACAUCAUUCAGAAUUUUUACUGUGAAAUUCCUCCCAUACUGCAGCUGUCCUGCUCAGAUAUUAGUCUCAAUGAAAUUUUGAUAAAGUCGAACAGCAGUAGAGUGAAGGAGUUUGUGCUCUUGGGAUUCACUGACCGUCCAGAGUUGGCUGCCCCCUUGUUUGCAUGGUUUCUAGUGAACUAUCUCAUUACUAUUGUAGGGAAUCUCGGGAUUCUUAUGGUAAUCAGGUUUGAUGCUCGGCUUCACACCCCCAUGUAUUUCUUCCUUAGCAAUCUGUCCUUCUUGGACAUUUGCUACUCAACUACCAUCAGUCCCAGGCUGCUGAUAGACCUUUUAAGGGUAAGGAAAGUGAUUUCUUUUACUGAAUGUCUAGUUCAAUUCUAUUUCUAUGCAACUUUUGCCACCACUGAGUGUUUCCUCCUGGCUGCUAUGGCAUAUGACCGCUACAUGGCCAUCUGCAACCCACUCACCUAUACAAUCACCAUGUCUCAGAAAGUUUGUGCUUUUCUGGUGGCUGGUUCAUACAUUGCCGGAUCACUGAAUGCUAUGAUACACACAGGUUGCAUGACUCGUUUAUCGUUCUGUGGUCCUAAUGUCAUUGAUCAUUUUUACUGUGAUGGUCCCCCAAUCUUUCAACUUUCCUGUUCUGAUACCAGCCUCAAUAUCUUUGUGAUGUUUGUAGUUGUUAGCUUUAACCUGAUAAGCACCCAUUUGACAGUCCUUAUCUCUUACUCUUAUAUUGUUGUCACUAUUUUGAGAAUCCGUUCAGCUGAGGGCCGGCACAAAGCCUUCUCCACCUGCUCCUCUCACCUGCUGGCUGUCAUCAUCCUUUAUGGAAGCUUGAUCUUUAUGUAUCUCCAACCUAAUACAUCAACAAAUGGAGGCAAAGUGGCCUCUUUGUUGUAUGCGGUGGUAAUACCCAUGCUAAAUCCACUCAUCUACAGCUUGAGGAAUAAGGAAGUGAAGAGUGCUUUGAGACGAAUGAUAGAGAAAUAUAAUACAUAA